UUUCCACUGCCAGCAAACUUUAAAUGACUUUCUGAAUGGCUUUAUAGGGUUUACCCUCCUAUGUUCGAAUUCUGAGCGUUUGGCACUGAUGUUACCCUUCAUUCUUUAUUUCCUGCUGAGUUUUGCUUUAAUGAGCUUUGAUCUUAUUCAAAAUAAUAGCAAAGGACCUUUUUGUACGCUAUUCACAAUUUUAUAUAUUGCUUUAUGUCAAUUCUUUAUGGAUAUUGAGGAUUUUUUGAUGAUUAGAGGAAGUUUAAUGAUUGCUGCUAUGAAACAAAUUUCAUUAUCUAUUGAUAUAGACGAAUUAACCUCAGAGGAUUUUACCAAAAUCAAAGAUGAUUCUCAUCUCCAGAUUCCAAAUUUCUUCAAUCGAUUUGCUUUUAUUUUUGACCCUUCAACAUUAAUUUUUGGACCGUUUAUUACUUAUACACAAUUUUUGGAGAUGAAAUAUACUUUAGAACAAGAAUUGCGUGAAUGUAACUACUAUAAUUUGCUUUUGAGGGUACUACAUUCCUUUUGGCACUUGAUCAUCGCAAUGUUUUUUCUUCUCCUUUCAACGUGUUUUGUCGAUACUGAUAUUUUAUCUUCCUUCUACAUUUUACCUUCUUGGUUUAUUCAAUUUACAAAAGCUCUUGCCUUCCGAUAUUCGCAUUAUUUUGUAUCAUAUUUCGCUACAUCUAUUGUUUUUAUUGGUGGAGCAUCCUUUUCAUUUGAGAUUGUUAGAUGGACAUCUGUUGAAUGGCCUAGAUCUCUGGCACAAGUAGCCUCGGUUUGGAAUAUACCAAUGCAUUCAUUUCUUCACAAAUGCACGUUACUCUUUAAUUAA